AUGUCCUUCUUCAUCUCUUGGCUGCUCCUGUUUGCGCUUGUCGACAGCUUGCGCUACGAGGACCAAAAGGUGAACGAGUCCGGCAGCGGCGUCGAGGAUCCAGACCAAAUUCUAGACGAGGAGUUUAUAGACGGAAUUAUUGCGGACCUCCGGAAAGAGGAGGGAGAUGAAGAAGAGGAGGACGAGGACGAGGCAGAGAACGAGGACGAGACGGACUUCAAAGACCUGAGCGACGAGGACUUCGAGAAGUACGUUGACGAGGUCUUGCAAUAUAUUGACGAUGACGAGGACGACGCACAUCACUCCGACGGGAAGGAUGCCGGGGACAAGGAUCAAGAUGACGAGGCUUGUACCUUCAACGUCACUUCGGCGCGAGUGGCAGACUGGCUCUCGGCUUCCAGUGAAGCUCCGAACUCAGCGUGCCAGGACUUCGGUCCGAGAUUCGGAAGCUGGGGCAGGCGCGGCUGUCCCGAAUCCCUGGCCGAGAUCGUCGAGGAUGUGCACUCCGGUACAUCCGAAGCGGAGGGCGGGAAGAGCGGAACAAAGCCACUGGUGUCUGCCAGAUUUGUAGUAAAAGUCAUCGACAAGGCAGAGCACAAGCAGCUGGGCCGCUUGCUGCAGAAACUUCGGGGCUCCAGGCGCGACACAUUUCUUGUGCCAACGUGCCGCAGCCUGUUGUUUAAUGUGGAUGGAACCCUGCACUAUCUGCAAGUCGCGCUUAACAUGAGAUUGCGAGGCGCAGAGGAGGAGCCCUGGCAGAAGCUCUAUGAUUUGAAGGGCAACUGGGCCUACUACAACCGGUUGGCUUCCAUCGAGGAACAGGUCUGGAAGGACCGCAACUUCAAGAGGAACUUCUCGCACGGAUUAUACUUCGAGCAAGUCACGCUGCCUGGCGGGCAAGAAGCCGGGCAGGUCUACCCAGGUGGCAAAGGCCGCGAUCUCUUCGCGAAGACACUGCACGACGACUCCAAGCUGCUCGCGGGGCUAGGUCUCAUGGAUUACUCGCUGAUGUUGCAUGUGGCGCGAUUCCAGGGCAACGCCGACGUCCAGCUCCUGAACUUGGAGAAGCCAUGGGCCUUUGCUACGCGGAAUACGGCAAGCAUGCAACAGGGCGAUAUCCUCUACGUGCUUAGUUUCGGCAUCAUUGACCUCCUCAUGCAUGAGAAGGAGAACCGAGGGAUGCUGAACAAGUUCAUGUCUGGGAUCACUUUCUCACAGUGCCAAGUCAGCGACAUCGACCCGAUCCCAGCGAGAGACUACUGGAUACGCUUCAUCAGAAUGCUUGGCCUUCGACUCAGGUACGGCCCGCGCUGCACCAGCUGUUUGAGGGAGAAGAGACACAGAGGAUUCACCUACUUCCCCAACAAGUGGGGCUAUGAGAAGUCGAAGGAAUCCUGCAAGACGGCGCCCUGGCUUGACAAGAUCCUCGACCUACAGGAUCUCCUGCUGGAGACCUUCUCUCCUGCGGAACCAUCAGGCAAGAUUAUGCCGGAAGUUGCUGUCAGCAGGCAGCAGCAGAUCGAAUCUGAGCAAGCCAUCGCCAGGUUCUCUCAGACGUGCCACGCAACGCGGGUCGUGCCAAGCAGGACUGAGCUGGAGGAGGUUUGGGCCGCCUGCCGGGGCCUUGCUGCCUGCCACGUGGCUGCGUGCCUGGUGGCUGAAAUCACAGAGGCGGAGGACUGGCGACCCAGGCUACGGAUGCUGCACCUCGUGGAAUUUCUGCAUCGUCAGGGGGGUGCUGCAGCUGUUGUGGCUGACGAAACACUUUCGGAGAUCGAGGAGCUUCUCCGCUUCUUAUCGAAGGAGGUGCCUCAGUGCAGAGCGAUUGCUUGCCACCUUCUUUGCUUCGCCGUCUUCACGGAGCUAGAGGACGUGCCUCGUGAGCGAUCGUCUUGCCAGCAAGUUGGACAGGCAUUGUCUUGGCCAUCAUCCACGGCAUCCUCAGACACAGAUGUACCAGCAGACCUGCCAGAAGUGAAGCACCUGGGAGCUCGAGGCGACGAGUCGGAGCCGUCGGAGGUGCCAGCUCUCCCGCCUCCUCCGCUUCCUCCGCCUCCAUGCCCGACGAAGGCCACCACCAAAACACUGCGGGAGAAUGAGACUCACCGGACCCUGCCUCAGGCCGAGGCCUCGGCUCCGAUGGAAGCGAUAUCGCCGGUGAAAGAGGUGCCAUUGCCCGAUGAGCUGGAGCAUGACUCUGCCAAGGAGGCGCGCGACUUGGCAAGCUCUGGCGCCCGCAGCCUUUCGGACAUGGCGGUGCCAGAGGAGCACAUCUCGUUGCAGAGGCCCUACCUUUGGCUUGCCGCCGUUGACGCCGUGCAGCUGGAAUCGGUGUUGGAUCCGUUUGCUGAGUUCGAGUUGCCAAGUCGGGUAGUACAAAUUUGA